CUAUGUAUUUAACCGCAAAACGUGGUUUCUGAAAGCAUUUAAAAGUUAAUGACGACUAUUCAGUAUCACAAUCAUGGACAACGAAUCAAGUAGUUUGGAACGCUUGGUGGUCUUUGACUGCGACAUCGGAUCGGAUGAUGCUUGGGCCCUGGCUAUGUUACUUAGGGGAGAAGAGUUGUCCUUACCAGAAGGAAAACGGUACAAACUCGUUGCAAUAACUUGUGUCCAAGGCAACACGGAUGUGGAGAAUGGAGCCCAGAAUGCCUUAAGAAUACUCAAAUUACUGGAGAGGCGAGAUGUACCAGUUUUUAAGGGCUGCGAAAAUCCUAUAGUACCUCGAACUUGGCUGGACACUUCGCCCUUCCAUGGCAUCGAUGGCUUUAAGGAUGUGGGAAACUAUCCGGAUGUUAAAGAUCUGCAGGGUCAACUGCAGCAGGAGCACGCCGUAAACGCCAUGUAUCGGUUGGCCGGCUUGCAUCCGAAACAAGUUGACUUCCUGCUUUGCGGACCACUCACUAACUUUGUCAACUGCAUUAACCUCUAUGGUAAUGAUUUUCUGGAGAAGAUUGGAGAGGUGCACAUCAUGGGAGGAAACAUCUACGGCCGGGGCAACGUAAUGAAGUGCGCCGAGUUUAAUUUCAUGAUGGAUCCCGAGGCAGCACACACAACCUUGGAGCGAUUGAAGGAGCCAGCGGUAAUCCUGCCCUGGGAACCCUGCAUCGCUGAAGACUUUAUCUUGACCCUCGACUGGAGACUGAACGUCUUGGGCUCUGCAGACCAUCCUUUUGUGGAGCUGAUGACCAGAGUGCAGCGAGCAAUUAUGGUGCCAGGUGGCUUUCCCGACGCCGCCCUUGCUGCCGCAUAUCUCUUCCCAAAGGCAAUUAUUGCCGAGCAGUUGGAGUACCAUGCCACUGUGGAACUAUCCGGGGUUCACACCCGUGGGCAGAUGGUGCUGGAUCAUCUGCGAGGUCGUCGGGUGGAUUCCAUCCAUGGUAAGAAGACCAAUGUGCGGAUCAUUACCCAUUUGAACAGGGAGCCAUUUCGCACUGUCUUAUCCUGGACGGGAUUCCUUCCACAAACGGAUAUCUCAAAGCUCUGCGAGCAGGAACAUACAAAUGUCAGUAAUCCAUUAAAAAGUUUACACAAUGUGUAAUAUUUAUUGGUCACUGUAGUCAAGGUUCACACAGUAAACACAAUUAUAAAGCAUAAUAGUACAAUAAAAACUAUCAACGUGUUCUACUCUUCUGUUAUUUGAAGAAGAAAAUAUAUAUGUAUACAUUUAUGAAAUAUUGAA